AUUAAAUCCAACCUGCCUCCAUCCAGACACAGCGCGCAGCCAAUCAACCUGAUCUGAAGAUCGAAAAUAGGAGGGCUUACUGUAAUCAGCCCUCAGAGUCUCAUGACAAGGAACAGUGUGGCAACGUUGUGGGAGCGCUCGGCACACACAGCAGGACGCUCACUGGCGCUGCGCUCUCAGCUCAUAACCAACCAGAUAGCGCGGAGACAGACAGAAGGGGGGGACGGGGACGGUAGGAGCAUCCCGUGACGGAUGCGGGGGUUUUUUUUUAGCUGAUUUCGGACGUUCUGGAGUGUAAGAACAUCGGAAGACAGAGGGAGACCGUGCGGGGAAACUAAGCCGUUUUUCUUGGAGGGAUUUGACCAGAGUGCCCUUCUAUCUUCGUCUCCUCCGGAUGAUCAGAAAUGGGGGAAUGGACUAUACUAGAGAGGCUCCUGGAGGCUGCUGUCCAGCAGCACUCUACUAUGAUAGGAAGGAUCCUACUAACAGUGGUGGUCAUCUUCCGGAUUCUAAUCGUAGCAAUAGUUGGAGAGACUGUCUAUGAUGACGAGCAGACGAUGUUUGUUUGUAACACCUUACAGCCGGGCUGCAACCAGGCAUGCUACGACAAGGCAUUCCCCAUUUCACACAUUAGAUAUUGGGUUUUUCAGAUCAUCAUGGUGUGCACGCCUAGCCUCUGCUUUAUCACAUACUCUGUGCACCAGUCAGCCAAGCAGAAAGAGCGGCGGUACUCCACGAUCUACCUGACGCUGGACAAGGAUCAAGAUUCUCUGAAGCGAGAUGAAAGCAAAAAGAUAAAGAACACCAUUGUGAAUGGAGUACUCCAGAAUACUGAGAACUCCACCAAAGAAGCGGAGCCGGACUGCUUGGAGGUGAAGGAGAUCCCCAAUUCGGCCAUGAGAACUACAAAGUCCAAAAUGAGGCGUCAGGAGGGUAUCUCCAGGUUUUACAUCAUCCAGGUGGUGUUCAGAAACGCGCUGGAGAUAGGCUUCCUGGUGGGCCAGUACUUCUUGUACGGGUUCAACGUCCCGUCCGUGUACGAAUGUGACCGCUACCCCUGCAUCAAAGACGUCGAGUGCUACGUGUCCAGACCCACGGAGAAGACCGUGUUUCUGGUCUUCAUGUUCGCGGUCAGUGGGUUCUGCGUGGUGCUGAACCUGGCCGAACUCAAUCACCUGGGCUGGAGGAAAAUCAAGACGGCCGUGCGGGGCGUGCAAGCCCGGCGGAAGUCCAUUUAUGAGAUCAGAAACAAGGACCUGCCGAGGAUGAGUGUGCCCAACUUCGGCCGCACGCAGUCCAGUGACUCAGCAUAUGUGUAAAAAAAGAGAGAAAAAAGAUAGGAUUUAAAAAAAAUCAACCCCAUGUAGGACAUGAUGGACAGCUCCGCACGCCUAAAACUUGUGUCAUGACUUAAAAGAGUGGGCAAAUUUAUUUAUUUAUUUACUUAUUUAUUUUCCAUUUGAUUUCAUGGUAUUUUAUGGACUAUGAGGCAAGCGUGGAUCACACGCUUGUUUACUUUUACUUAUUUAUUAUUGCACUGAUGCAACUUUUUAAGUAACGUUUCUACUCUGUGGAGACCAUGUUCAAGUGUUCGCAGAUUUACUCUUUCUUGGGCUGCACUUGAAAAGAGCAUAUGCAGAAGACGAAGAAGAAGUAGAAGAAGAAGAUGAAAAACUUGCACUAAAGAGGUGAACACAUGAGAGCUUGAUCGUAUCCAAAUGUGCUGACAUUUUCUUUCCACCCAUAUUUCUGUUACAUGGCACCAUUAAAAAGGGAAAAUAUAGCGUGUUCCUACCAGAUUUAUAUAUACACCCAUUACAUAAAUAAUUAUAUAUAAAUCCUUACUGGUUGGCUAAAAUACAUCAGCUUUAUUAACUAUUUUUCUCUCAUUUGUUUUUGUUGCCUGUGUUGCACCACUGACCUUAACAUAUGUAACCAUCCCAUUGCUUUAUAGCUAUAACUUGCAAAAUAGUAUCUGGUGAAUUUGCUGCAAAACGCUAACGUCUGUGACUUCCUUAAUUUAAGACACACCAAAGCGCCCACUGCUUUUACUUGUGAGUGUUUAUUUUCUUGCUUUUUGUGUAAUCAAGUGCCAUACUUGUACAUAGACAUUAUAUAAAUUAUAAAUAUAUGUAUACAUAUGAAUAUAUAUAUAUAUAAAUAUAUGAUGAUAAUAAUAAUAAUCAUGAAAGCUGAUUCCUUGCUUGGAUUAUGCUCAAUAUUGGCCAAUUUAUUUUUAUUUGCUCCAAAUGUAUUUGUUGUGGUUUGACUGAAGAAAAUCAAAUAUUCAGGUUUUGUUCUGUUUUAUUUUUGGAAAUGACUGGGAAAAGAAAUGAAGUGCUAGUUUUUUUUUUAUUCUAACAAGACUCCCUCCAAUCACAGCUGAUCAAAAGUGAAAAGAAAAGCACAAAUUGACGUUUUUAUCAAAGAAUGGGAAAGUGAAAUCUGCUCUGGUGCUACAGUUUUUCAUUGAAUGGUUUUAAAUGUAACCUUCCGAAUCAGAAAGAAAGAAAAAAAAAAACACAAACAUCUUUUUUUUUUUCUGUGGAAAAUAAAAGUGGGAUUCAUGUACACCAGAAA